UCCAUUUUGCAUUGGAAAUUAGAGCAACAUCAUUAUAUCCCUCACUUAGUUCUCGGUAAAGGUCCACCUGGUGGGGCUUGGCAUAAUAUGGAAGGCUCCAUGUUGACAAUCAGCUUUGGAAAUUGGAUGGAGCUACCUGGACUGAAAUUUAAAGAUUGGGCAUCUAGCAAACGAAGGAACCUAAAAGGUGAUCGAGUUAUGCCAGAAGAAAUAGCUCGCUACUAUAAACAUUAUGUAAAAGUCAUGGGUCUCCAGAAGAAUUUCAGAGAAAAUACUUACAUAACCUCUGUGUCAAGACUGUACAGAGAUCAAGAUGACAGUGAUAGUCAAGACAGAGAUAUUUCAACAGAGCAUUUACAGAUCGAGAAAUCAAAAUUUGUCAAGAGAAACUGGGAAAUCAGAGGUUAUCAGCAAAUAACAGACGGUUCUCCUGUUCCCUUUUGCCUCUUUGCUGAGAAUGUAGCUCUAGCAACUGGAACAUUGGAUUCUCCUGCCCAUCUUGAAGUUGAAGGGGAAGAUUUUCCCUUUGUGUUUCAUUCGAUGCCUGAAUUUGGAACUGCUAUAAGCAAAGGGAAAUUCCAUGGUAAAGUGGAUCCAGUGUUAAUUGUAGGUUCUGGACUUACUGCAGCUGACGCAGUACUAUGUGCUUAUAACAGUAAUAUUCCUGUGAUCCAUGUGUUUCGCAGACGAGUAACUGAUGCAAGCUUAAUUUUCAAGCAGCUUCCGAAGAAGCUUUAUCCUGAAUACCAUAAAGUCUAUCAUAUGAUGUGUACUCAGUCAUAUUCUGCAGACUCAAACCUUUUACCUGAUUAUACAAGCUUUCCUGAGCACCAUGUGCUUUCCUUUAUGUCGGACAUGAAGUGUGUUCUUCAAAGUGUCUCUGGAUUGAAGAAAAUAUUUAAGCUGUCUGCAGCAGUAGUACUGAUAGGUUCUCAUCCCAAUCUAUCUUUUCUGAAAGAACAAGGGUGUUACCUUGGCCAUAACUCAAGCCAGCCAAUCACAUGUAAGAAUAAUCCUGUGGAAAUAGAUGCCUAUACCUAUGAAUGUGUUAAAGAAGCCAACCUUUUUGCAUUGGGUCCUCUGGUUGGAGACAAUUUUGUUCGAUUUUUAAAGGGAGGGGCAUUGGGUGUCACACGCUGUUUAGCUGUCAGACAAAAGAAACACUGCCAACUCAGUAUACUUUAGGCUUUCUUAAACAUUCUUUUUCUUCCAAAACUUUUUUGUGAUCAUUUUUUGUUAUUAUUUUUGAUUCUAAAAUAGUACGGCAUGAAAGCUGUAAAACCAAACAAGCCACCUUGCUUCUCAAAAAAUGACUUAAGGACAAGUAGUAUCAGCUUCAUCCAUAGUCUGUUAGAAAUGAAGACACUGCAGGUCCCACAGUAUAAUCAAAAACUAUUCUUAAAAGAGCUCCAAGGGAUAGGUUUGUUCGUUAAAGUUUCAGAGAUAUGCUGAUCUAAAUGGUAAUGGGACAUAAAGUAUGCUGGGGUGGGAUAAGGGUAGGAGGCAUUUUCAACUCAGGUUUUAUUUAUUUUGAAAUUAUCACUUGUAUAAAUCUAAUUUAUUACCAAAUAUGAUGGCCUUUUAAAAGUAUUUUUAUUGUUGAAAACUCAAAAGGUACUUCAUAUACUUAACUUCUAAUAAGUUAAACAUUCCAAAAAUGUUCCUAUGUACUGUGACAUCCAAGAACCCACCAAGAUGUUUUUUGGAGGUUUAUUAUCUCAACCAGCAUAACAUCUAAUUUAUCUGAUUUGCAAUUCAAUAAAUUGUGGAUGAAAGUA